CUUUCUUCUUUCCAGCAGACUUCCUCGACACCAUGCUGCUGCGCAGUUCGGGAAAACUAAACGUGGGCACCAGGAAGGAGGAUGGUGACAGCACGGCCCCCACGCCGCGCCCGAAGAUCUUGCGUUGCAAAUGCCACCACCACUGUCCAGAAGACUCGGUCAACAAUAUUUGCAGCACAGAUGGAUAUUGUUUCACAAUGAUAGAAGAAGAUGAUUCUGGGAUGCCUGUGGUCACCUCUGGAUGUCUGGGACUCGAAGGCUCGGAUUUUCAAUGCCGGGACACGCCCAUUCCUCAUCAAAGAAGAUCAAUUGAAUGCUGCACAGAACGGAAUGAAUGUAAUAAAGAUCUGCACCCUACAUUGCCUCCGCUGAAAAACAGAGAUUUUGUUGAUGGAUCUAUACACCACAAAGCCUUACUUAUAUCUGUGACUGUCUGUAGUUUGCUCUUGGUCCUUAUCAUCUUAUUCUGUUACUUCAGGUAUAAACGACAGGAAGCCAGACCGCGGUACAGCAUUGGGUUAGAGCAGGACGAAACGUACAUUCCUCCCGGAGAAUCCCUGAAAGACCUAAUUGAGCAGUCUCAGAGCUCGGGAAGUGGAUCAGGCCUCCCUCUGCUGGUCCAGAGGACGAUAGCUAAGCAGAUUCAGAUGGUGAAGCAGAUCGGAAAAGGCCGCUACGGGGAAGUGUGGAUGGGCAAGUGGCGCGGCGAGAAGGUAGCGGUGAAGGUGUUCUUCACCACGGAGGAAGCCAGCUGGUUCCGAGAGACAGAAAUCUAUCAGACGGUGUUGAUGAGGCACGAAAACAUUCUGGGGUUCAUUGCUGCAGAUAUCAAAGGGACCGGAUCCUGGACCCAGUUGUACCUAAUCACAGACUAUCAUGAAAACGGCUCCCUCUAUGAUUACUUGAAGUCCACCACCCUGGAUAUUCAGUCGAUGCUGAAGUUGGCCUAUUCUUCUGUCAGUGGCUUAUGUCAUUUACACACUGAAAUCUUCAGCACGCAAGGCAAACCGGCCAUCGCCCAUCGAGAUCUGAAAAGUAAGAACAUCCUGGUGAAGAAAAAUGGAACUUGUUGUAUAGCUGACCUGGGCCUGGCUGUAAAAUUUAUUAGCGACACCAAUGAAGUCGACAUCCCGCCCAACACGCGCGUGGGCACCAAGCGCUACAUGGCCCCCGAGGUGCUGGACGAGAGCCUGAACAGGAACCACUUUCAGUCGUACAUCAUGGCCGACAUGUACAGCUUCGGGCUCAUCCUCUGGGAGGUGACUCGGAGAUGUGUGUCGGGAGGUACAGUGGAAGAAUACCAGCUUCCCUAUCAUGACCUGGUGCCCAGUGACCCCUCUUACGAGGACAUGCGAGAGGUGGUGUGCAUCAAGAAGCUCCGCCCCUCGUUCCCCAGCCGGUGGAGUGGCGAUGAGUGUCUAAGGCAGAUGGGGAAGCUGAUGACGGAGUGCUGGGCUCAGAACCCUGCGUCCAGACUGACAGCCCUGCGUGUGAAGAAGACGCUGGCCAAGAUGUCAGAGUCCCAGGACAUUAAACUCUGAUGUGAGGAGGGAAAAA